AGCAGAUGCGUCCUGAAGGGCGGGGCAGAUACGCAUGCUUUCUUUGCAUAAAUGAACGAAAAACAGUGCAGCUACCCUAAACGUACAACAAACAAUUUACCUUCGCCGAGAGACGCCAAAAAGCCAAAAUGUCUGACAAAAAGGCAGUGAUAAAGAAUGCGGACAUGCCUGAUGAAAUGCAGCAGGAUGCAGUGGACUGUGCCAUGCAGGCUAUGGAAAAGUACAACAUUGAGAAGGAUAUUGCUGCUUAUGUCAAAAAGGAGUUUGACAAGAAGUACAACCCCACAUGGCAUUGCAUUGUUGGGAGGAACUUUGGCAGCUACGUGACGCACGAGACCAAGCAUUUCAUUUACUUCUACCUGGGCCAAGUGGCUAUACUACUGUUCAAGUCAGGCUGAAAUUCAAACAUGCCCCCUUCGAAAACUACUUUUUAAUUCAGCCCUUACUAGUUCUGUGCAAUGCUGUACAUUCACAGACAUGCCUACCUCCUGGUUUCCUGCUUACUUCAGUCUGUUAUAGUUUGCCACCUACAACACUACCACCAUAGGUGGAUGGCGCUUAAGUCAUGCCUGGACUGGUGAAGUGUCGUUCAUAGAAAAUGCCAAUUUAAAACUACUUUCCAUUCCAGCACUCGGUCAGCAUUUUCACAUCUGACUGAAUCAUGACUCAUAAUUUCCGCUUAUUAUUUUUGCUGUGCAUUGAUGCGCAGAUUUUUUGUACAUUGUUUCGUAUGGAUAUGUUGUAAAAUAACUUAUUUUUCAUGGAAUUAAAAAGAGCAACAGAGUUUUUGUUGAAAUUACUUUAAUUUUCAGUAUUGGCUGAGGUUGAAUAUAAAUUCCAAGACUGUUGCUUACUAAUAAUAAAGAAAACUACAUGCCAAGAGAUUUAAGGUUUUGUACAUGCUUGAACAUUCCUCUUUCCACUUCAGUUGUGAAUCUUUACAAUGUUAGUGCUGUAUAUCUCUGGAAUGUAAUUUAGUGUGCAGUCUGGUAUUGUGAUAUGUUCAACAAGUUGAGCACAAAGCAACUUUGAAACAGUAAAUUGGUUCAAAAUGUG